AGAGGAAACACGCACCUGUCAACCGAGCAUAAACAUCACGACCUCUCUUCAUCUACCUACGAUAUAACAAUCGACAAUAUUCAGACUGGGAUUUCGAUCCUAGAACCUAGAACCACAACCUACAUCAGUAAUCAGCAACACCGACACAAUGUCAAACUGCGAAGAACCUCCGCCCUCCUACGAGCAAGCCAUGGCAAGCUCCAACACCUCUCGCCCCGGCACCAGCGACACAUCUUCACGACCGGGCACGAGCGGCGGCCUACAAGCCCACCUACACACCGACAACCUCCUCCACGUCCCCGGCGACGACCACCACCACGGGCACGACGGCAUCCCGACGCCGACCCGCCUUAGCAUGGAAGACGAGCUCCGCCCUUUGCCCGAAGGUUGGGUGCGCACCUACGACCCCGAAACCAACCACCAGUUCUUCGUCGACACCAAAGCCGACCCCAUCCGCUCCAUCUGGCACCACCCCUACGACGACGAGCACUUUCUCAACUCGUUGCCUCCCGCCGAGCGCGAUCGGAUUGAGCAGUUGAAACAUCGCAACCCUGGGCCGGAUAGUCAUUCCCGCCCUGGCUCGUCGAGAGGUGCCGGUUCUAGAGCCCACAGCCCGCAACCUCCUCGCUCGCCUCGUCGAGCCGGAGCACAUGCAGAUGCCCAUCCGCAACGGACUCAGCAACAACAACAACACGACCACGACGAAGAGCAGAAGACCUUGGGCCGCAAACUCAAAGACGCCCUCACGGGGACUACCCAUUCAGAACGCGUAGAAGCCCGCGCAGCCCGCGAAGAAGCCGAGCGCGAAGCCCUCCAGCAACACCUCCUCCUGCGACGCGCGAUGCAAAAAGCCAUGGAAACCUCUCGUCCCCAACUCCUGGGAAAAGACGACAACGGCGUCGAUUUGUACCUCGAACCACCGGGGCAUAUGUUCCCCGGCGUAGCGGGCGUUAAGCCUCUCACGCCUUGGUUGUCGGAGGUGUUUUACGAAAGGGAUAGAUCGAAUGGGAAUGUGCGCCAGCCGGGGCCACCCGGUAGGUAUCUAAGGCCGGAGGGAUCGAUGUAUGGUUUCGGCUAUGGUGGUGGGUAUGAUUGUGGGCCGUCCCCGAUGGGAGGCGGGCGGUACGCGAGGCCGCAGGGGCCGUAUGCGAGGCCGAUGAGGCCGGUCGUGUAUGGAGGGGGGUUGGGAUUGCCGUUGAUGGCGCCGAUGUUGGGGGGUGUGAUGUUGGGAAGUUUGAUGUUUUAGGGAUUGGAGGGGAGU